AUGGCUAGCUCUCUCAACCAACUAAAGGCUACUGGGACAACCGUUGUGUGCGACUCUGGAGAUUUUGUGACCAUCGACAGGCACAAGCCCCAAGAUGCGACCACCAAUCCGUCUCUGAUCCUCGCGGCCUCGAAGAAGCCCGAGUACGCGAAGCUCAUUGACGCGGCCGUUACAUGGGGAAAAACACAUGGUGACGACAUUGACGAUCAGGUGGAUGCUACACUCGAUUGCUUGCUGGUACAGUUCGGCAAGGAAAUCCUCAACAUUGUUCCCGGCAAGGUAUUUACUGAGGUUGACGCACGUUUCUCUUUCGACACCGAAGCCUCUGUAAACAAGGCCCUCCGUAUCAUCGACCUGUACAAGGAGCAGGGAAUUGGCAAAGAACGCGUCCUCAUCAAGAUCGUCUCAACGUGGGAGGGCAUCAAAGCUACUGAGAUUCUCCAGUCGAUGCACGGAGUCAACGCCAUUGCUGCUGCCGAAGCUGGGGCUUUCCUCAUCUCACCGUUCGUAGGCCGUAUCCUUGACUGGUACAAGGCCACGAAUAGUAAAGACUACAGCAACAGCGAGGACCCCGGUGUUGAGAGUGUGGGCAAGAUCUUCAGCUACCACAAGAAGUUUGGAUAUAAGACCAUCGUAAUGGGUGCCUCUUUCCGAAGCAUCGGCGAAAUCACUGAGCUGGCUGGCUGUGAUUACUUGACUAUCGCUCCCAUUUUGCUCGAGCAACUCUACAAUUCCACCCACUCCGUCCCCAAGAAGCUUGACGCUUCCAGUGCCAAGUUACUCGACAUGGAGAGAAAGACCUACAUCAACGAUGAGUCUGCAUUUCGCUUCUGCUUCAACGAGGAUCAGAUGGCUGUCGAGAAGCUCCGUGAAGGAAUUUCCAAGUUCGCUGCUGACGCCGUUACACUCAAGGAGGUCCUCCGCGAGAAGCUUGAAGCAUAA